AUGAACCUCCUCUUGACAGGCGCAACCGGGACAGCGGGCUCGGCGAUCCUCGCCGCCGCUCUCGCCUCCCCCCGCAUCGCCCACGUCACGAUCCUCGGGCGCCGCGCGCCGCCGCCCCACGCCAAGCUGACGGCACUCACCCUCCCCUCCGCCGAGUGGGGGAGCUUUGACGCGCUCUCGCCCGCGCUCGUUGCGCGCGUCGCGGAUUGCGAUGCCGUCGUGUGGGCGCUGGGCGCGAUGCGGACGCAAGUGGACAUGGAGGAAUAUGCGCGCAUCACGCGCGAUUGGACGCUCGAGGGUGCCCGGGCGCUUGGCCGCUCCCGAUUCGUGUAUAUCACGAGCAUGGGCGUGAGCCAGGACCCGGGGUGGGCUGCGAACGCGUACGUCCGCGUCAAGGGGGAGACGGAGGCGGGGCUGCGUGCGUUGGGCAUCGAGGCCGUGUUUGUGCGGCCCGGCGGGAUACUUCCGACCCAGAAGCGCCGCCCCGAGCUUAUCUGGUACAACCGCGUCAUACUCGACGCGCUGUCGUAUGUGUGGCCUAGCGUGACGAUACAUGCUUCCGAGCUUGCGGAGGCCUGUCUCCGCCUCGCGCUUGGCGAGGGGUGGGAGCUGCGGAACGCCGAGGGGGCGGUAGAGAAUGCCGACUUGAAGCGGCUCGCGGCUCGCGAGGGGGGAGGUGAAGUUGCCGCCACCGCAGUGAUUUGA